AACCGGAAGUUCUCGUAUACACGUGGUCUGAAGCAGAACAUAUACAAGUAACAAAACAUUGGAGUUAGCUAGCUAACUUUCUCGGGAGUUUUGUGAAAUGGACUCAGCUGGUGCUAUCGAUUAAGUAUAAGACAGUCAUCUUGACCGAAAUAUAAAGUAAACCAAGGACAUUACAAUGUUUGGAUGUUUGGUUGCUGGUAGAUUGGUCCAGACUGACGCCCAGCAGGUUGCUGGUGACAAGUUUGUCUUCAACCUACCAGACUAUGAGAAUGUGAACCAUGUAGUGGUGUUCAUGUUGGGCACAGUGCCUUUCCCUGCGGGGAUGGGUGGAGCCGUCUACUUCUCCUUCCCGGACCCUGUCGGUGGGCAGAUCUGGCAGCUCCUGGGUUUCAUCACCAACGACAAACCAAGUGCCAUCUUUAAAAUAUCUCAACUAAAACCAGGUGAGGGUGGAGAGCAUCCAUUUGGAGUUAUGACAGUCCCUCGGCUUACCUCCGUGGCCCAAGUUGGUGUGUCUAUUGAGCCUUUGGAGCAGCUGGUCCAGCAGACGCCUGUAUCAGGUGCCGCUGUGUGCGCUGUCGACUCCUUUAUGCAGUUCACUCAGAAGAUGCUGGACAGUUUGUAUAAUUUCUCCUCGUCUUUUGCCGUGUCCCAGUCGCAGAUGACUCCAAACCCCUCAGAAAUGUUCAUCCCUGCCAGUUCCAUCCUCAAAUGGUAUGAGAACUUCCAGAGGCGCAUGGCUCAAAACCCUCAUUUCUGGAAGACUUGAGUUGUCUCGACGAUACCACAGUGUUAAAAACCAUGAUAAAGGGGCAUGGACAGAGAAGACCAAAGACUUCAUUUUCUGCUCCAGAAUGUCCAGGAAUGGUCCUCCACAGAAGACGAAAAGAUAGUUUUAUAGCAACAAUUACUACAUGUGUUUGUCAAAUAUUAAACGUUUCUUAAAAUUA